CAACCAACAAAGAGAAUGGUCGGGUGGGUGAGUUGUUCCCUGAGACAUCCCUUGAAGAAUAUGCUAAGCAAAAUAUAAAAGAACAUCAUGUGAAUCAUGAUGAUGAGAAUGAUGAUCAUUGUGAUGACAAUGAUGAUCAUGAUUAUGAUAGUGAAGCUAGCUAUAAUGAAGAUCUCGAGGAUGGUGAAACUAAUGAAGAUGAACAAACUUUGAACUAAGAUUGAUGGGAUAUAAUAUAAUAUCAUAUUCUAAGGGAUAAUGGGGUCUCUUUUUUGCGGCAAUGAAGAUGAUGAUCUUUUCAGUUCAGUCCAAGCCUAAUGCAAUGAACUCUCGUCAAUUAUACUUUGGGGAAGAGAUCUAGGAGUCUAGAUCACCAUCACAAACUCCCUUUUUUUAAGUUUUCUUUUCUGGAUCUACUUGUAAUCCUCCAUCUCUCACAUAAAUUGAGUACGUCCGGGUCAUGUGAUUCACCUCUUUUGUUUCAAGAAGUUUCAAUUCACUUAUUUUUGUCCGAUUUUUUUAUUUCUGAAAAAACAGCCUUCCUGUAACCUUGCUGGUGACAGUUCUCUCUUGCUAUUACAGAUUGUAUAUGAAGAGAGAACACUCCAAAAAAUGCAGAGACAGAAAACUAUCAAAUAUCUGAAAUUCCUCUGGGGCUGCACCAUUGCUAUCCUGUUCUCGCUUUGUUUUGUAAGCAUCCUAACAAUCUUAAUCUCAAGUCCCAACGUUGCCUUCCCUGGCCUGUUCUUCGGCACGGCCCCGACAACGGCCUCUGUCAAUAUCUCUCUUGUUGACUCAAUUUUCAGACGUUCUUCUCUCCACAGCCAAAUAUCCAGUUUACAGAGCCAAGUUGGCAUUCUGCUUGAGCAGCUGCAUACAGAAAGUUCAGAAUCAAAGGUGCUAGCAAAAUUCUCCAACCAAGUCCUUCAGAUUGCCAUAUCCUUAAACAAUCUUGCAGAUGGCUUAUCUGGUCUCCAUGGUAGCAGUGCUUCUCCCGCUAGCAAUGAAUUAAGCAGCAUCCACGAAGACUUAACUGAAACAGAAGAAACUGACGAUGAAGAAGGAUCAAUCCAGGGGAUGGUUUUCAGAUCGUUUCAUGAGCUACAAGAUCUAUGGCAUUUGCCCUGAUGAUUGGGACAUUGCUCAGAAGCUAAUCCUCAAUGGCUGCGA